AUGAAGAUAAAGACGAUAAAUAGAAGUGCUGACGAUUACGUUCCAGUGAAAAAUUCUCAAGAAUCCCAACUACCUCGUAAUCUUAACCCUGAGCUUCAUCCUUUUGAAAGGGCUCGUGAAUAUACUAAAGCUCUGAAUGCAACGAAAUUAGAAAGGCUGUUUGCCAAACCGUUCGUUGGCCAGAUGGGCAAUGGUCAUCGUGAUGGUGUAUAUACCAUUGCUAAAGACUAUUACGAUUUAAACAAGAUUGCAAGUGGCUCAGGUGAUGGUGUUAUCAAAUACUGGAAUAUGUCAAAGAGAGAGGAGCUUUGUUCAUUUAAAGCUCACUAUGGUAUGAUCUCUGGUCUCUGCGUCAGUCCUCAAAAGUUAGCUUCUAAUAAAAAUCAGCAUUAUAUGCUAUCGUGUGGUGAUGAUAAAACUGUCAAGCUUUGGUCUGUUAACAGCGAAGAUUUCGCUAACAUAAAAGAUGACGAAUCUCUGAACACGGCAGAUGGGCUUUUGAAAACGUUUUAUGGUGAGCACGCUUUUCAGGGUCUUGACCAUCAUAGAUCAAACUCUAAUUUCGUGACAGGUGGUGCUGAAAUUCAACUUUGGGACUCAACCAGAUCAAAGCCGCUGUCAAAUCUGUCAUGGGGGGCCGACAACGUUACUAGCGUCAAAUUUAAUCAGAAUGAAACAGAUAUACUGGCAAGUACAGGUAGUGAUAACUCGAUUGUUCUAUAUGAUUUGAGAAUAAACUCACCCACCCAAAAGAUUGUGCAAAGAUUAAGAACUAAUGCGAUAUGUUGGAAUCCAAUGGAAGCAUUUAACUUUGUAAUAGCAAAUGAAGAUCAUAACGCAUAUUACUACGAUAUGAGGAACAUGUCGAGAGCACUAAACGUCUUCAAAGAUCAUGUCAGUGCUGUGAUGGAUGUAGAUUUCUCUCCAACAGGUGAUGAGAUUGUCACCGGUUCAUAUGACAAAACAAUAAGAAUAUUCAAAACAGACCAAGGUCACUCUCGUGAAAUCUACCACACCAAAAGGAUGCAACAUGUGUUCCAAGUCAAGUAUACUAUGGACAGUAAAUAUAUUGUAAGUGGUUCGGACGAUUCAAAUGUAAGAGUAUGGAGAAGUAAGGCAUGGGAGAGAUCUAAUGUCAAGACAACGAAAGAGAAAAACAAAUUAGAAUAUGACGAUAAAUUGAAAGAAAGAUUUAAGUAUAUGCCCGAAAUCAGAAGAAUCGCGAGACACAGGCAUGUUCCAAAGGUUAUUAAAAAAGCUCAAGAAAUCAAGGGUACAGAACUGGCAUCUAUAAAGAGAAGAGAGGACAACGAGAGGAGGACAAAGAAAGAUGCACAAUUUGUGUCUGAAAGAAAGAAACAAAUUGUUGGAGAAGUAUUCAAAUAUGAAGGCAAACCAGAAAACGAUCAAAAGGACACUGAAUAA